ACCCCUCUGCUUUUCCUCCCUCAAACCAACCUGAGAUAAUGCGGUGGCAUUCAGGGCUGAUUCCCGUGACUUUUUCCUUCCUCUUGGCGAUGGCAUGGAGCCUUUUCCCGACGCUGACUGGCGCCCAGAACAAGCCCAGGAUCAAUGCCAGUAAUAAGAUGACUAUUAAUACCAAUGUUUCGCCUUCAAAACCCAUCACACUACAGUGCAACCUCACUGCAAGUAACAUUUCUGACAUUUCCAGUUACUGGGCGAAAAAUGGUAAAGAAAUUUCAGGCACUAGGAAUGCUACAAACAACACAAAAUACAGAAUUCAAAAGCCCAAAACAGAUGAUUCCGGGGAGUAUUCGUGCGUGUUCGUAUUCAAUAGCUCCCAUUCAGUAAAUGCCAUUAUUGAAGUGAAAGCUGCUCCUGAUAUUAUUGGGCACAAACGAAGUGAGAACAAGAAUGAAGGGCAAGAGGCACUGAUGUACUGCAAAUCGGCAGGUUACCCGAACCCUAAAUGGAUGUGGUAUAAGAAGAUCAAUGAUAAUUCUGUGACGAUCGACAACAGUUCUGGUCGCUUCUUUAUCAACAAGAAAGACAACUAUACUGAACUGAUCAUUAUGAACCUCCACGUCAAUGAGGAUCCUGGCCUGUAUGAAUGCAAUGCAACCAACUCAGCUGGUCAUGAUACAGCAAUUACAAUAUUGCGUGUUCGCAGCCGCUUGGAUCCUUUGUGGCCCUUCCUGGGGAUUCUGGCAGAGAUAAUUACUCUUGUUGUUAUCAUUAUGGUUUACGAGAAGAGGAAGCGGCCUUAUGAGGUGCCUGACUAUGAUGAACAAAAUGAACCAAUAAAAACCAACUCCACAAACAACCACAAAGACACAAAUCUACGGCAGAGAAACACAAAUUGAAAAUAUUGCUUAUAGCUUUAACUUUGAGAGACUG